AUGUGGCUCAAUGGGAUCGUUAAAAAUGAAUCUGCGUCUCCUAAAGCAAACACGUUCGUUCAGAAAAAGUCACGCUUCAAUGGCAACAUAGAGCCCACGCCUUGCUUUAACGUGGAGCAGGAAUGUCCGUUAUUCGUGACGUGGGAGAUCGAGGAGCACGGUGGGACUCGCUUGCGCGGCUGCAUUGGAACGCUAGCACCCACGAGUCUGCGUAACCUGCGCGAUUUCACCCUCAAGAGCGCGCUGCGUGACAGCCGUUUUGCCCCCAUCGGGCCGCAGGAGCUGCAACGUCUACACUGCACUGUAUCGCUCCUCGUCGACUUUCAGGACGUUGAGAGCUAUGACGACUGGGAGAUUGGCACGCACGGGAUCAUCAUCAAGUUCAGUGACUUGCGUGGAAACGAGUACAACGCCACGUACUUGCCGCAAGUUGCUCGUGAACAAGGCUGGACUCAUGUUGAGACAGUCACGUCACUUAUGAGAAAAGCAGGAUAUCGCCAUAGUAUCACCGAAGCGAUGCUGAAAACUGUCCGCGUCACACGCUACCGCAGCUCAAUCCACAAGCUUACGUACCAGCAGUAUCUUUCCAUCAGACAAGAGAUACUGAACAGUGCAUGA